GCGCCACGAUGUACCCACACAUCGGCUCUGUGUGUCUUGAUCAAGUGAACAGACCCUCUCGAAAUAUCAAGUCAAGUACAGGAAUCUAGAGAUGCAUCAGAGCUUACACUGUCCUUCAAUAACUGAGGAUAUCUCCAACAUAUCUGCGUCGUGAGACGCUGUCGUUGGUAAAGUUCAUCUUUCAACCUAGAAGAGUGAUGCCACUCUCGUCCGGGACGGAGUUCUUUUGACCGGGACGACUGGAGUUUAACGCGUGCACACAUACGGAGCUGGGAGAUUUUGUUUAGCGCGGGGCAAGAUGUUAUAAUUACGGGCCAGCGAAUCGCGCCGUCGGUGGGAUGAGCUGCCUUACAAACAGCACGGCGGAAGCAUCAUACACAUCCUAGGAUGUACAGCCAGACACACAGCCGACCUAAGUAGGCGGAGUGAAACGAACGCUUUCCUUUCAUCUCGCUGAAAGCUGGAAAUGGAGUAAUUAUGGCACUGACGGCGACUGGAGAUAACGGAUCGCGAGUUGUGCGUUUUUCUUCAUGCCAUUGGUCUUUAAUAUUACAAGUUUGUCUCUCGUCUACGUUAUAGAAUUUGGUUUGCAUCGCUGUUCACAGCAUGUACGUUAGUGAGAGAGCGUAAAUGGUGAACUGACUUUUGAAUGAAUUUUGAAUUUUGAAAAUGAAAUUAAGUGUAUUCUGACAGAAAUAGUGAUUGCAGAAAGAAAACAAGAACCUACGUAGCAGAUCACACUCUCUGAGAGAGAAAAACAAACCGUGUCGACAAAAACAACCGUCACUGAAUGUUAUCGUAACCGAAACAUGUUCACGAUGCUGCCCCGGGUACAAGUGGUGCUGCUGGCGGUAUUUGUGGUGGUGGCCGUGGGGGCGGAGACAGAUUCCGCGUGCCCUGCGGGUUGCAGAUGUAACGAUAUCAUGCUGACUGUGAACUGCACCAAUUCGGGCCUUCGGCGCAUACCGGACAACCUGCCGAGCGAGUACCGUGUGUUCAGCUUCGACAACAACGACUUGAACGUCAUCUACGGCCAGGCGUUCUCUCGGGCCACGGCGACCCGGUAUCUGUCGCUGUCGCGCUGCAACAUCAUCAAAAUCCAGGACGGGGCUUUCGAAUUCAUUUACAACGUCAGCCAGCUGUUUCUGGCAGGGAACCGACUGGACUCAGUGCCGAGGGAGGUCCGCAACCUGAGUCAACUGCAGUUGCUGGACUUGACCGACAACAGCAUCGAUCGCCUGGCCAAGUACAGUUUCUACGGGCUGACCAGGUUGCAGACGCUCUUGCUGGACGACAACAACAUCACGGUGCUUUCUAAGGGCUGCAUGAGCGAUGCCAAUCCUCUGCGCUUGCUGUCGCUGAGGAGGAACGGCAUCCACACCGUCAAGCCGGGGUCCUUCCACUGUCUGGACAGUCUGGAGGAGUUGUACCUCUCCGACAACUCCUUUGCGAAUCUGCCUUACGGAUGGCUGGUGGGCCUUUUCAACCUCCGAGUGCUGGACAUGAGAAGGGCUUACUCGGCCAAUGUGGUGUACGACCAAAUGCCGGAGGGGAACACCACCAAGGGCUGGCUCUUCCCCGGGCUGUCACCGCUGCUGGAGAGCUUGAAUCUGGCCGAGAACGGACUCACUAAUUUGGAGUUCAACGCGUUUCUGCCCCUGGAGGAACUGGUCAAGCUGGAUCUGAGCGUGAACCAGCUCAUGGAGCUGCCGCUAGGCGUGUUCUCCCAUCUGAGGAAAUUGAGGCGUCUCGACCUGAGUUACAACGUACUGACGAACUUGACCGAUUAUCUUUUCCCAGAGGGCUCAGAUCUGGAGUAUUUCAAUCUUGGCAACAACCUCUUUGAGAAAUUACAACCAGACCCCUUCAAGAAUCUACAGAACCUAAAAUAUUUGGGAUUGCAGCGAAAUAUGCUGAAUGAAAUCGAGUUCCUUCUGCAGACAAGCCUUCCCAAUCUACGAGAACUGAACCUCGCCUCCAACGCAAUCCGCAACGUCUCUGGCGUUGGCUUCACAGCCUUCAAGAGCCUACGGAAACUUUACAUGCAAGAAAAUCGACUGAGAGAGGUUCCAAACUUGCGCAAUUUAGCGUUUUUGACUCACCUAAACUUGUCGUGGAACGGCAUUACUUACGUGGCACCCGACGCCUUCGUCGGUACCAAUUUGAAGGAGAUCGACCUGAGGAAUAACGAUAUCACCACGUUGGAUCCGAAGACACUGGAGGGGCUCCCACGACUGGGCGCUGUGCGACUCGGGGAUAACCCGUGGAGAUGCGACUGCGAGCUGGAAUGGUUCAGCCAGGCCUUCGUCAGCACAGACUGGGGGCGGGAGUUUGACGUCGUCACCUGCGACUGGCCUCCCAGCAGAAAGGAUGCCAAUGUGGUGUUUCUGAACGAGGAAAUGCAGUGCACGUCUUACCCACCGCCAGCGUCCGUUAUCGUCCUGGUCGUCAUCUGGAUCGUCAUACUGCUCAUCGUGGCCACAGCCAUUCUGGUGCGGACCUACAAGAUCCAUCGGAUACGCUCACGGCGCCGUCAGAAGGAGGACACUGCCGAACAGGAUCGGUUGCAGCCCCCGAAUCCCGACCCUCCGCGCCCGGAUCAGCAGGCGUCGCUGCCGGCGCCACAACCACCCAAGCAACGGCCGGAUCCAGGCAAGGGAAAGGAGAAAGGGAAGGGUAAAAGUAAGCAAGGCCAAAAAUCCAAGGUUAUCGAGAUGAAGGACAUGAAAUCUAUGAAUGGGCUCAAGGUGAAGCCUUUCGAUCGGGAAUUUUACGUGUAAAUAAUGAAAGCCAAGAUUACUUCAUGUUGUAAAAUAAUUUGCACUUAGCACGGGUAUUAUUUUUCAGAGGAAUGCUUUCAAAAUGUUCAAGUAUGAAGUAUGUGCCAUCAGCUUAACAAAGGCGUCAUUUGCCUAUUUCUGAAAAAUUUCACUAGGAUAUUGCGUGACCAAAAUAAAAAAAAAAUGAUUUAGGAAAACACGCGGAAGGCGUAUUAACCAAACUUUACAUUUGCACAGUCAUGAUCAGUGUUCGUCCACGCUUCAGGUAUCAGAGUACGUAUGUUACCAAGAAAGCUGAUAUUCAUAGUAAUCAUAACAACUGUGCAGGCUAUUUGCAUGGUUGUGCAAGUUGAAAUCAAUCUCUGUUGGUCCUCGGGCAUCAGAGAAAGGCUCACAAAGUUAUUCCGUAUGAUGGGGUAUCGUAAGUUUCCGGCAGCUUCACGCCAGAAAUAUUGAUGCGGAAGUUGAACCUAUAGUAGCAGUCCGAUUAGCAUCAUCCACUUUUCCUCAAUACUGUCCAAGCAUGUUCUCUUGUCAAUAUAUAAAAUCGUAAGUUUUGUGAAUUUGCAAAGAAUUUAUACGGGGCGCAAGAGGGGCUCGAUGGGGGCUAUCCCACCCCCGAGCCCAUUUGCUUUUUUUGAAAAAUUGGAGAAGGGUGACUUUUUCGUCUAUAUUUUGAUGAUUUCCCUCUCUUCCAAUACCGUGUACAAAAAUCCCUCAAGUUUGGCCCCCCCAAAAAAAAUUUGGUUCCAGAUCUGCCUCUUGACGGAAGUCACGUUUCAUAGUCUUUGGCCGUCGCUGUUAUUGCUGUUUCUGGCAAAAUGCAUCGGCUAUUACCGGUAAUGAAGGGCCAUCUGCUGCACAAUGCAUGGGUGAGCUCGAAUAUAGCAAUGUGGGGAAACGCCGUUAAUGCGGUGGACGGCACCACGCCACUCAAGAUCGUCCCCGGCGGUUACUUUAUUUCCGGCUUGGUUUCUAAAGUAACCCCUGGAAAGGAAACUUUCUUCCUGUGUCAUGAUUCCAAGCAGCAUCAGCGAUGCAAUGAUUUAUUUCGUGUACAUGUAUUUCAUGUACAAUUUCAACGAGUAGGACGGGUUUUCACGUUUGCUGUGAAUUCUUUCAUCCGCUUCUCCAUUCAAACAAUCCCCUUUUAGACAUUUUGUUUACAAUCAUAAAAAAUGACAAUGAAUAUUGGUUAUAAAGUUGAGAAAUGUCGUGUCCCUGGUAUCCCUUCUGAUACCAGGGACGUUACGUACAAAAAAAAGUCUGGAAUCGCAUUGCUCUGGUAUCGACUGAAGUCACUGGCAGCCAUCUUACCAUGCUGAAUAUAGUGAUCGUGCCAAUAUAACAGUUGUUACCAUGAACGAUUGGUUAAUGCUUUACGAGCAAGCCUUUGCAAUUAACCUUUGUUUGGCACGCUAAGAUGGCCGUCGAUAGCGCCAAUGACCUAUACGCAGGCUGAUUUAGCGUACUGCUAGUCCAGAUUUUUUUCAUAUGACGUGCACGGAUGGUAAAAUUCGCCGCCGAAUUGACUGUGUGUUAACACCUGACACUGCGUGCUGGAAAACCCGUUGAUUUAAAGCACGGCCAAGCACCAGACGUAUCCAAAGGUUUUGCAUGUGAAAAUGACCCAUGAUAAGAGCCAAUGUAGUCUGGAUACCAGACCCGAUAAUUCCAACUACUCUAUGAAUCAACGGUCAGGUAUCACCCAAUGUCCACGUGACCAAGACUGGAGGAAUUCCUCCAGUUUCCGGAAAUAGCCGCAAUAUUCCGAAGCCAUCCCGUGAUAUUCGGCAUGUUUGUAUGGUACCGUUGACGUUCGGUUAUUCCCGGCUGGAUAGGUAGGCUAGCUGUGGAACGUAAACUCCCGUGUCCUCGUGACAGCUGUUGUACUUGACAGUACUUGACUACACUGAAAUUGAAGGUUGACGACGACUGGCAAAUGCCCAAACAUAGGCUUACAAGGGUGCACCACCGUAAUGAUAUCGAAAUAUCCCGCCUCUCAACUUGUGACCCCUGACCCUGGCGUCAUAUCUAUUUAUACCCGUUGGUAAUGCCACACCUAAGAUUUUUCCAGGAGUCGCCAGGGCUUAUUUGGGCAGGGAACCAUAAUAGAGCCAAUGAUGAUGAGCCAUUGGGAAGCCGUGGGGACGCACUGCUCAACACAAUGGGUACAAGGUUGCCACACCAUUGAUCUCUGUGGUGCGCACAAGUACUGUGAGUUGCAUGUCACGUUUGAGGCAUCUGGCUAAAAAAAUGUAAUAAUCUCCAUGGAUUAUGGAACUUAUACGCGGGCGUUCCAAACAAACUCGCAUAUGAAGGUAUUGGGCAGGUUCAGAGCCACGUACAGUGAUAGCUUACGAUAAAGCUUCAGCUACAGGGUAAGGGGUGUAGUGAAGUCGAUUGAAACGCAAUUAAAUCUAGCUCCUUUCCCCUCCAUUCACCGAUAGGCUAAUUGAAAAACCAAUGGGGCCGAUUGCCACAUCUUACCAUAGACGCUAAGACUAUAUUACUCAGCCGUCUACGCGCAGGUUGGCUCCCAAGGGGGACCAUUUUGCAAUUUCGUGCUCUGUCGAGUCGUCUACAUUGCACGCCGCCACCUGGCAUUGGGGAAAACUAGAAAGCCUAGUUUUUGUCAUUAAAGUGGUAUUUAGUCCUUUGGAAUUAAUCGGCAUAAAUUCUUUGAGAACUGGUCGAAAUAAUGCACGUGUAGUAUGCAUGUUGCUUUAUUGUGUCAACGCGUGCAUGUUUCUUUUUUACAAUUAAUAAGACAACCACGGCCUGUUGGAGGUGAGCCCAGUCGUGUGUAUAAUGGCUGUCCUGCAAUAAUGUGUUAUUCGCUCGGUUUGUCAGUAAUGCGAGAAGGAUACGCUGAAAAAUGCAGGGAUCAUCGGAUCCCAAAAGGGUGUACUGUUUAGCUAAAGCGGCACCCAGAUGAGUACAGAAGUUGGUUUUAAAAAGCGACUGGGGCCCAACUGCUUGGGUUAUUUCAUUUUGUUGUUACGGUAUCAAUUGAAUGGAAAACAUGAAGAAGGAAUAGCUCAUUUGUCUUUGCGCAGUCACAUUGAUAAGAAAUUUGAAAUUACUGAAUAUACGUGACUUAUAGGUAUCAACAUUGCUUACGCCAGUGGAAUAAAUUAAAGCUAGAGUAUCUUCAAUCGGUUGAAGUGUGCACAUUUAAAGGCUGGUAUAU